AUGUUCGGAAUCCAGGAACAUCUUGCUACUGUUGUGAAAGAACAAACUUUUGCGGAAGAAAUGGAUUCAGUCCGUCCUUGGGUGCGUAAUGUCGGAGUCGUGGAUGCAAAUGUAGCAGCUCAGAGCGGAGUAACCCUGUCUCGUGCCCACUUUGAGAAACAACCACCCUCCAACCUGCGAAAGUCCAACUUCUUCCAUUUUGUGUUGGCCCUCUACGACCGGCAUGGACAACCAGUGGAAAUCGAGAGGACAGCCUUCAUUGACUUUGUUGAGCUUGAUAAGGAGCAGUCAGGGGAAAAAACUAAUAAUGGCACACACUACAAACUCCAACUCCUUUACAGUAAUGGUGUACGAACCGAACAAGACCUUUAUGCUCGUCUUAUUGACUCUGUCACCAAACAGCCGAUAUCAUAUGAGGGGCAAAAUAAGAAUCCUGAAAUGUGCCGUGUUCUGCUUACUCACGAAGUCAUGUGCAGUCGCUGCUGUGAGAAAAAAAGCUGUGGAAAUCGUAAUGAGACCCCAUCAGACCCGGUCAUCAUUGACAGAUUUUUCUUGAAGUUUUUUCUCAAGUGUAACCAAAAUUGUCUGAAGACAGCAGGGAACCCAAGAGACAUGAGACGAUUUCAGGUGGUCCUCUCAAGCACUGUUAGUGUGGAUGGUCAUGUGCUUGCAGUAUCUGAUAACAUGUUUGUACACAACAACUCCAAGCAUGGUCGACGAGCGCGAAGACUGGAGCCAGGCGAGUCACUAGAGAACACCAUGGAAUAUGGUGAGAUGACCACCCCAUGUAUCAAAGCCAUCAGCCCCAGUGAGGGCUGGACCACAGGUGGAGCAAUGGUGAUCAUUAUCGGAGAGAACUUCUUUGAUGGUCUCCAGGUUGUGUUUGGGAGCAUGCUGGUGUGGAGUGAGUUAAUCACUCCUCAUGCAAUCCGAGUUCAGACACCUCCAAGACACAUUCCAGGGGUAGUAGAAGUCACACUGUCCUACAAAUCAAAACAGUUCUGCAAAGGAGCUCCAGGAAGAUUCAUUUACACAGCACUGAAUGAACCAACCAUAGACUAUGGCUUCCAGAGACUUCAGAAGGUCAUCCCGAGACAUCCUGGGGACCCUGACAAACUGGCAAAAGAGAUGCUGCUUAAAAGGGCAGCAGAUCUUGUGGAAGCAGUCUAUGGCAGUACCCACAGUAAUCAGGACAUGUUAUUGAAAAGGGCAGCAGACCUUGCUGAAGCUUUGUACAGUGUACCACGGCCCCACAGCCAACUACAGGCUCUGCCCAGCUCCCCAGUGCAUGGCAGUGUGAUGGGACUAAGCUCCUACCCAUCUCAGCUCGGUGUGAGCAUUGGAGACCCUGGACAAAGCAGUGGCCAAGGUUACAUGCGUAAUUCUACAAGUUUGUCUCCACGGAACUACCCAUCUGCAUCAACCCCUCAGCAGUCCACCUAUGGCUCUGGAGGAGGCAUGAGUGGAGGGUAUGGCGCUGUACCCAUGGGCAGUCUGGGUGUGCCCGGGUCCCCUGGCUUCAGCAGUGCCUCCCCGAACAGCUCUCCUUAUGCUCUUAUUCUGUCCUUUCCAGUUAUGCCAUCUAGUCCCACUAUACCAGGCUCUAGUUCAUCUUCCUCUCUUCUGCCCUUCUCAUCUUUUCCUUCCACGGCCAAACAGAAGAGUGCUUUUGCUCCUGUCUUGAGACCACAAGGCUCACCUUCACCUGUCUGUCCCACUUCAGGAAGCAAUGGCUUCAGAGCAAUGACUGGUCUCGUUGUCCCACCAAUGUAG